GGCAGGCGCAGGACUCGGUUUCCCAGAGAGCUGGGCGCGGCGCACGCGCAGACGGCACCGACAAGAUGGAGGCGGCCGGACGAGGGGAUCCGGUACUGUUUAGCAGCUGAACCUGGGGCACUAGUGGAAGAGAAAACCACACCCCCAAGGACCUUCACCAGGACUACGCCCACCUGGCUGUCCAGCCAGCACUCCAGUGUCAACACAGGCACCCAGCAGAAGAGGGAGGUGUGGCGUGGCCUUGGGGACAUAUGGCUGAGGCUGAACCAAGUAAGCUCUCCUCGGGCCUGGAGGCCAAGCAAGGGACAGAGUACGACACCCUGCCUUCUGACACACUCUCCAUCAGUGACUCAGACUCCGACCUCAGUUUGCCUGGUGAUGUGGAGUUGGAAGCACUGUCCCCAGAGGGGCUGCCUGGGGAGAUCCAGCAGGACUUGGGCUCCAAUGAGCCCCCCUUGCUGCCCAUGGGCCUCCCCACGGGCCUCCCCACAGCCACAGUGCAGCCGUUCCACCUUAGAGGCAUGAGCUCCACCUUCUCCCAGCGUAGCCACGACAUAUUUGACUGCCUGGAGGGGGUGGCCAGGCAGGCUCCAGCCCAAACCAGCAUGAGUGACUGUGGAGGCUUCAGGCAGCCCAUGGCGCCCUCAAGCCAACCUCCAAUGGAGGGCCUGGGCAGGGGCCAUUGCCGCCCUGCCCUGCCGAGGGUGCUCCCUGUUCCUGACUACGUGGCACACCCUGAGCGCUGGACCAAGUACAGUCUGAAAGACGUGGCCGCGGUCACUGAGCAGAGUAAUCAGGCCACUGCCCUGGCGUUCCUGGGCUCCCGGAACCUGGCCACCCACACAGACUAUGUGCCGUCCUUCAACCAGGAUCCCUCCAGCUGCGGGGAGGGAAGAGUCAUAUUCACCAAACCAGCCCGAGCCAGCGAGGCCAGACCCGAGAGGAAGAGGGCCUUAAGGAAAGGGGGAGAGCCAGGCAGGGGCGCCCUGAGGAACCUGGGCACUGCCAGGGGUGAGGGCCCUGUGGAGCUGGCACACUUGGCCGGACCUGGAAGCCCAGACGUUGAGGAGUGGAGCAGCCCCUGUGGGGGCCUGCAGGAGGUGGGGACCCAUAGUUGUUCUCCACCAGGGCCCCUGGUGGUGGAGACUGUGGGCUUCCAUGGCAGUAAAAAGCGGAGUAGAGACCACUUCCGGAGCAAGGGCCGCAGCCCUGAGGGCCCGGGUGUGAGGUCUGAGAAGGAAGAUGGCCCGGCCUGACCACAAAUGAUGCCACCUGUGGGGCUGGCAUCAAAGGGGUGGCCAGGGCCACUGCCCAGCUGGGAUAGAGGGGAGCAUCCUGUCCCCUUGGGAAGGAAGCAGGUGGCCUGCCUGUAGGUGGCGCCAGCAGCUCUGGCUGGAGCUCUGGGCAUUGGCCGUUUCUGGAGGAGCAGAGACCUUUCUGCAGCCUCUGUGGGGCAGCCCGAGGAGCCUGUCAGGGGUCAAUAAAGGUUUUGGGUGUUCCUCA